AUGACUUCCUUCAGCCACGAUAUCUGUGCCCAGCAUGCGCAUGGGAGCGAACGCGGGAGGAUUGCUCGACCGAGCUUCAGUUCGCAGAAGACGGCAGAUCGAUUACGAGAAUGCGAGCGUAGUUCCUCCAGGUCGCAGGCGUCGAAGAUAAAACCGCACAGGACGUCCGCAUUCAAAGAAGAGGGAUUGGAUGACUUGAAUCGAACGGUUCAUUCUGUGGCACACGAAGAAAUGAAGGUCUUACCUGUUUUUGAAUUCGAAAGUGUGAAGAAGAGGCAGACGAAGUCCGAAGAGUCUGACCGGGAGAGAAACGAGGAUAAGGAGAACGCGAAGAAGGCUGGACAGCCUUGGUAUUCGAAGCUUGGGAAGCGAUCAAGACCACAGAUAAAGUCUUCCUCGACGGCACCGCCAGGAACCUUUUCCUCAAUACCGAGGGUGGCAUUGAUUGCUUUCUUGAUUGCUGCCGUCGUGCCUGGGUUUCGUUAUGGCGGGGAAAACAAGGUUAUUAUCAGCGGUGCGGAUGCUGGAGUGAUUCGGGAGGCAGAGCUGGUUGACAAUGCGUCUGCCGUUGAGGGUAGACAAAAUAGCCCUACUGCUGUUUGCACCAGGUGGAGUCAUCAGAUCGCCAAUGUCAAUGGAACUGUUUAUAUAUAUGGAGGUCAAGCUACGACGCAGAGCGGCCAGACUGAGAACACUUGGAACAAUGACUUCCUCACACUAGAUCUGACGAAAACAUGGAAAAUCGCAUCCCCGUCCUUGGCCGGCCUCCCACAACCAUCUGGCCCACCUGCCGUAGCUAUGGGUUCUCUAUGGAACAGCUACAAUGAAUUAUGGCUAUAUGGAGGAGAAUUCUCAGAUCAUCCUUCAACAUCGCCUCUCCCUGUGUCGACCUGGGAAUACAACAUAAAGUCCCGGUCGUGGACAGAACACGCAAGUCCGCAGACAACUGCGGGAAACAAUUCUGACGGUGGCAAUCAACCUGUUCAGAGAGCAGCAGAAGGAGCAAGCUUGAGCGUUCCAGAAUUGGGUAGGAGUUGGUACUUUGGGGGACACUUGGAUAUGUAUACGACACAAGGAUGGUCGAACCAGGUUGCUAGGGAAUAUUUGAAGAGCUUGCUCGAGUUCACACAUCCCGGAUAUGCCAAUACCGGAGUUUACUCGCUCGGUAGCACAAAUGCAGCUAGUUCCGGAGGCGUCUACCGAAACAUUACCCAAGGCGGACUGCAAGAUGAGGCAGGCUUUACUGAACGAGCAGACGGUGUUUUGGUUUAUGUUCCUGGUUGGGGUGAUGACGGUAUUAUUCUUGGUCUGGCUGGAGGUACCAACGAGACAUUCACUGAAAUGAACGUCAUAGACGUCUAUGAUAUUGCAAGCUCAACAUGGUACAAGCAAGCAACUUCUGGACCUAGCCCUCCUAUCCGAGUCGAUCCAUGUGCAGUCGUAGCAGCUGCACGAGACGGGACAAGUUUCAAUGUCUACCUUUAUGGAGGCCAAAAUCUCGUCCCAUUCGGCUCCCAGAUCCAAUAUUCAGACAUGUAUAUUCUUACUAUUCCGUCCUUCACAUGGAUUCAAGUCGACAUGACUGGGCAAUCACAACCUCCUCCACGUGCAGGCCACAGCUGUGUCAUGUGGGAUGGCCAGUUAGUGGUCAUAGGCGGUUAUGUAGGGAAGGAUAUAUCCUGUGAUAGCCCUGGCAUCUAUGUCUUCAACGCUUCGUCUCUCCAAUGGGCUAACUCCUUUACCUCGCUCUCCACACCUUCUGAGUUGUUCUCCGUCAGCCAGGGGUCUUCUGUCUUCCAAGGAUCUUGGGGUUACGCUGUUCCAGCCCCGGUACAGUCAGUUAUUGGCGGCUCGCAUUCGGGAGGCGCGACAGCUACAACUCCCGCUGCAGGUCCAGCGACUGCAGGACCAAUGGCAACUGGCAGACCUCCAACGUUCACCAUCACCCAGUCGGGCUCAACGGUGAUCCAGACCGCACACUCAACAUCCACUGUGUCUGCUGGCUCGUCCCCUCAAUCAGGAAAACCCAGCCGGAACGCAGGUACUGUAGCAACAGGCACCAUAGCAGCUGUUCUUGCAAUUAUAGCCGGCUAUCUCGCGUUCUGUACCUGGUUAUACAGGAAACAGCUUAGACUGUACAAAGACCAUGUUGCCAUGGCACAACGCACAGCUUUUGCUAGUUCACCGGAGAACGGGAAUUGGGGUUCGGACGUGGGGUCUGGGAGCGGUAGUGGUGGGAGACCGAAUGAGAAGGUGGGGACUGGAGUGAUGUUGGGACCAUUUGGUACUGAAAUCGGUGGAGGUGGAAGUCCGGCUCGCCAGUCCGUGGGAGACAGUGCAGGGUCUGCUGGAGGGGGAUUGCACCCUUCGUUGACUCCUUCAAGUGGCAUAUCGCCGGGUAGUGGAGCGCCUGGUGAAAACGGAAGCGGUAGCGGGUAUGGAGCAGGUGUCAUGCCUGGCCGAGGGCAGUACGAGACACUGAACGAGGAGCAUGAAGGGACUGAGUAUCUUGGUGCUGGGCUUCCAGGACCAAGUUACUUGGGAAGACCGAGCGGGAGCACAGCACAUAGUUCGAUGGAAGAUCUGAUUGGUGGGCAGGAACCGAGCUUCUUCAGUGUGGUGUUGAAUCCGAGGAGGACGUUACGGGUUGUAAAUCUGGACUGA